UGUUCCUACUAGUGUUUGUGAAAUCCAAAACAAGAGUCAACCAGCAGCCGAAAAUGCGCUUUAAAAUGUAAAAAUCACCCAAUUUACCCAUAGUGGCGUUAUUUUGACCAACUGGACAAUACUACGAGUUAAUUGAAGAUGUCCAGGAGUUGUAAAGCGCAGACGAGAGCCACUCAGAGUACACUGAUAGAAGUUAAGAGUAAGUUUGAUGCAGAGUUCCGGCGCUUCAGUGUCGAGCGGGACAAGUAUGAAAAGCUGGAGGACUUCCGUAGUUUAGUUGAGGAACUACACAGAUUAGCCAACAUAGCCUUUGUGUUGGCCUACACAGACCCUCGUGAUGGUGACCUCCUUCCCAUCACCAAUGACGACAACUUCAGAAAGGCCCUCCAGUGUGCCCGUCCAUUACUCAAGAUCAUCGUCCAACACAAGGGGAGCUUGGAACACUUACCAAAUGGCUCCAACCAUAGAAUAUCCAGCAUUCUCUCACCAUUUGUAACGCAGCACCGGAACAAGUUAUCCAUAUCCUAUCCUCAAGAUUUCAGACAGGUGGCGGCCAUCAUCGACGUGGAUGUGGUGCCAGAGGUUUGUAGAAGAGUACGGCUACUGAAGCACGGGUCAGACAAGCCACUUGGGUUUUACAUCCGUGAUGGUACUAGUGUGAGAGUCACGCCCCAUGGCCUGGAGAGAGUCCCAGGUAUCUUUAUAUCCCGUCUGGUGCCUGGAGGGUUGGCCGAGAGCACCGGUCUCUUAGCAGUCAACGAUGAGGUUCUGGAGGUGAACGGGAUUGAAGUAAAUGGUAAAACCCUAGACCAGGUGACAGAUAUGAUGGUGGCCAACAGCAGCAACUUGAUCAUUACGGUAAAACCCGCCAACCAAAGGACACAGUCACACACUCCUCGUCGAGGUUCCUUUUCACGCAAUUCAGCCAUGUCGUCUGGAUCACAACAGUCACACCAGUCAGUCUCAGAUGAGGACCGCUAUGACCAGGAUGAGAUACGAGAUCUUACCGCUGGCGACUCCCUCACUGACGCCCCACUUACACAUGCCACGCAACCCUGUAAAGAUGAAGGAGUCUUGCAUCUUUAAUUUAAAUAAACUAUAUAUAUUUUUAGAUUGAUAUGUAGAUAUUCUUCUAAAACUUUCAAAUUAUCUGUACAAAAAUUUUUACUGAAAGUUGUUGAUCAUUACUGUAUUGGAAUUAAGAUCGAUUUGCUGUAUAGAUUUCGGGGAAUUGCAGAGUGACACCUUAAAAAGAAAUGUGAAAUUCAUAAAUUUUUUUCACCAUUGGAAUGAACAAAGGCAACUUUUGUGCGGCCUUUGUUUUGUCAUCAUCAACGGCGAUAUGUUUCAUCCCCAGCCCACCGUCACUGAUUGUUUGUUUUAUGAGAGAAUAAGCUUCACAUAAUCCACAAGUAUAAGUGCCUAUAGAUAAUCUGUAAUGUGUCUUUAUUCCAUUGCCUUAUGGGUUAAGGUAACAAUAAAUUAGUUAUAGUUUACUGUCCAGAAGAGAUAUUGCUGCAGGUUAAAUGAUCCUCAGACUAGGUGUUGUGGUAUUAUAACUGUGCCUUUAUGUGCAAAAUGUGAAUAUCAAAAGAGAAGUGACCACCUCCUACUUCACAAUGCUGUACAUACAUUCUCAUUGUUUACUCUCAAAUUCAAAGUAAUUCUCGUGUAUAAAAGGUGAGAAGAAAGUCUCGUAAUAAGUGAGUGUCGAACCAUGGUAAGAGUAUAUGUCUAGUUGUCCAGAUUUAGCAAGUUGCCAAGCAUGUUAGGAACACUGGCAGUAGCUGGGGUGUUUCCUCCUGCCACAUGCUGUAAAACCUGAGUAUGUUAAAUUUGGGAGUGAAAAUAUUGCUUUCUGAAGGGGUUCCAACUUAUAGGUGAGAUAAAACACAGGAAAAUAUUCUUGUCAGUCCUAAGAAGCUGAGAAAACUUGAUCCAUAAAAGGUUAGUUUGGUUGACACUGUACAGUAUGCCAAAAGGAAAUGCUGGUCAUAAAAGUUGUGUCAUUUACUGUUCAAUAAAUAAUGUAAUUGCUUAUCAUUAACAUUGUUUAUUAGUUUUAAAACUUCUUAGAAUGUCCGUUUUUAUAUCUAUAUCACCUCAGUAAUAUUUGACUGACAUUUACCUACAAUUAAUUUUAUAUUAAAAUAUUUUUCACUUAUGGUUCACUAGUACUGUGUUCAUGCUUUAACCACAGCUUUUAGAUCAAUUUUCUGGCAGAUUUAAAUUAAGUGGUGUUGUCAAAUCCCAGAAUAUUCUGAUGAAAAUUGUCCCCCCCCGACUGAUUUGUGGUCAAAUCCACUCUUACUCAGGUACUUACUGUAUAUUUUGGGAGGAGUCACAGGGAAAGGCUUAUGGACAACUUUUGACUAUUCUUAGGUGUCCAGUAAUGUACAAUUUCACUCUUGCUUUGGUGGUAGUGUCCAUUUUUUUUAGUUUGUUUUAGGAUUGUAUUACAUUCCAAAAUUCUUUCAACUUGCAGUUGUUGUUUUUAAGAAAAUGUAUAAUCAAUUCAGAUUAGCUUUAACUUGCUGCUAAGAUUUACUCCUUCUGUCAAUUGUAUAUACACUUUUGUGCACAUGGUACCUUUAAUGAGGUAGAGGAGACGUCAUUGUAUGUCUUCCACAUCUUGUAAUAUCUUUAUUGUGUUGCUAUGUUCACAUAUCUAAUGGUUGUCACUCAUCUUCCUUUUUUUUUAUUAAGAGAAGUAUUGGAACUAUAUGUGCACCCUGAAAGCCUCCAGCAGAAGGCUUCAUGUGCAUCCUGAAAACCUUCAGGAAAAUGUUUCGUUUGUGCACCAACUGCUGUGUUGACCACUGCGGUGAAUUCUUGUGCAUAUUUCAAACAAUCAUGUUCAUACAUAUACUGUAGUACUUAUCUUGAAUUUUCAGUUUUAUAGAAUAGUACGGCCAGGAUGGAUGGAAUCAUUUUAAGGCAACUAAAGUAUGGGAGGAGUCUCACAUACCCUGAAUCAGAUGGUGUUUACAUGCCCUACAGUGUACUGUACAGUAUACCUGUACACUGCUGGGAGUGUAUCUCACACACCCUUUGGUUUCCAGCUCAAUAAUGGCAGCUGCAACUGGCUUGGAUAAAGGAACUUUGAAUAUUAAUUAAAAGACUUUGAAAAAUUUAGUGAAUGGACCAGGAUGAAUGUUAAAGAAAGGGGGAAAUUUAUUCCAAGGUGUUAUUGGACUUAAAAGAUAAAUGCCAAAGAAGCUGAGUUAGUGUUGUGAGUGAGAACAUCAGGCCAGGGUUGGAAAGUUGCUAUGCUGUGAGAUGUUAAUUUGAGUUGUUUGGGUAAGUGUGAGAAUUUUUAGAACAUCAAGAGUAAAGCUGUAUUUCUACAUUCCGUCCCUAAUAAAGUGUAUUAUCGAUGCAAUAUAGAUAUAUUUUUCUCUCGAUUGAACACGUUGAUUUGUGGCGUUUAGUUAGCGGCCGGCAGCCUCAGGACUUGUAUGCCCUUGAUGGGGUCAGUUUGACUUCAUUGUUAUCUGGUGAUUAGUGCUAGUAUUGUUAACAUUACUAAAGUUGUUGUAGAUUAUUAUCAACUACCAUAAUGAUCUGGUGCGUCAUGUGGCGAGCAUUCAGCGUGCAUGAUCAGUGUUGCCAUCCAUUUAUAAUGGAGGAUUUUACUUCCAUAGUGAUAAAUAUAUAAGUGAACCUAUAAGCUACUCCUUGUUGAUUGUACUUAAAAAACAAUAAUAUUUAAGAAAAACUUGGAGUGCUGACAAUAGUUCAGAAGCAUUCCAAGAGACAAACAAUAUAUUCAGUAUAUUUUAAAAGUAUAUUGUGUCAUCAGCUCUUCCAUACACAGGUAUCUCUGUAUUGUGAUUAUGUUGCUGAUGUUUUUAUUUUAUUAUUUUACAAAAUACACUUCCUCAUAUA